CUUUAAAAUGCGCUCUGCUCAUUUCGAUCACAGGCUACGGUCUUUUCUGCUUCCCAGGACUCUGCCCAGCUUUAGAACCUCGAUUUAUCUAUCGAUUUUGAGCUCUUAUUCGUGAAUCUCGUUCGUACUAUACUACUAGAUUGCAACUGGGAACAAAACCAGCAGAAUGGCGACAGCAAGGCAUUGGAACAUUGUUAUUCUUGGAGGCUCUUAUGGAGGCGUGUCGACUGCCCAUUACCUCCUCAAACAUGUGGUGCCCAAGUUACCACAUCCAGAGGAAUAUCAAGUUAUUCUGGUUAGCGCAUCUUCGCACACGAUGUGCAGAUCUGCUUGCCCCCGUGCGCUGAUCGCAGACGAGUUCUUUGACCAAGAGAAACUCUUCGUUAGCAUCCCCAAAGUAUUCGAGCAGUACCAUGAUGACCCGAUUCGUAACUUUCGCUUUAUCCACGGCGCCGCAACAAAGCUAGAUCAUGCCAAUCGGAAUAUUUUCGUGAGUCCUACCGACGAGGAAACUGCAGAGACGAUUGACUUUCACGCUCUUGUGAUCGCGACCGGCUCGUCAACGCCUUCCCCUCUUCUGGGUCUGAACCGCGACAUCGGAGACCUUCGAGCAAAUUGGACGGCAUUUCGAAAAGCCUUGCCAACGGCCAAGAGUAUUGUCAUCUCUGGUGGGGGGCCAGCCGGUGUUGAGACUGCCGGUGAAGUUGGCGAAUAUCUAAACGGCCGUGCUGGGUGGUUCUGCUCCAAAUUGGCAAACCCCAAGGUGCCCAUCACAGUCGUCACUUCUGGGCCACAGAUCCUGCCACUCUUACGCCCUAGCCUUGCAAGCCUGGCAGAACAGUACCUUGCUCAAGUAGGAGUGACCGUCGUUAAGAACGCACGCGUCGUAGAUGUGGCACCUAGCGCCGACAGCGAGAAUGCGUUAACAGCGAGGACGACAGUGACUCUUGACAAUGGGCACACUCUCGACGGCGACCUGUACAUUCCCGCAACGGGUACAAGACCGAACGCUGGUUUCAUUGACCCAUCACUUUUGACAGCUGAUGGUCGUGUCGAGACCAACUCUUCGACUCUCCGAGUUGAGAAAGCCGGGCCGCGCGUGUAUGCAAUUGGUGACGUGUCAUCAUGGGCACGGCCAACUGUCCACUUUAUUGUCGAAGCAGUCCCGGUCCUUUGUGCUAAUAUUAAGCGGGACCUACUCCUCGCGGCCGGGACGGACGAGAGCUCCGCUGGCGAAGAUCGCUUGUUCAAGGAAGAUACUCGGGAGACCCAAAUAGUGCCAAUUGGGAGGAGCAAAGGUGUCGGGGCGGCCAUGGGGUAUCAGCUGCCGAACUUUCUGAUAUGGUUGAUGAAGGGGCGAGACUACUGGCUGUGGACAACUGACAAAUUGUGGAGUGGGAGGCAAUGGAGUAAGGAGCUUUGAUGGUAAUAUUUUGUCUGAUCUCGUAGCGCAUAAGUUUCAUUAGUACACGUAUCAUAAUG